UGUCUAGACCAGUCUAGACAAGGAGAGAUGUUAAAAUGGCCGAUCUAAACAAAGAGUUGAACGAGUAUCUUCUCAGUAGCAAAAAUGAAAAGCAAUAUAAAAUCACCGUUCCAUCGGUAGCGAUAUCGAAAGCGAAUUUUGGGAAAUGGUUCGGAAAAAGUACUAACGAGGUGGAGGAGGACGCAGGAUGGAUCCAAAGAUCACAAAGAGAAUGUUGUCCCGCUAUGACGAGAACACAUAGACUUAUAUCCUUUGCUGUAUGUUUUCUUCUGGGACUAUUAUGCUUCUGUCUAUCAACAAUAUAUAUUCCUGUUUUAUUACUUAAAGCAAGAAAAUUUGCUCUACUUUAUUCCUUAGGAAGUCUCUUCUUUUUAAUGAGCUUUUGUUUUUUAUGGGGAUCAAGUUAUAUGAAAUCAUUAUUCCUAGCUGAGAAGAAGUACUUUACCAUGUUGUACUUCGCAACGUUGACAGGCACACUGUAUUCUGCUCUGCAUUUACAGUCAACUCCUUUGACAGUGUUAUGUGCUAUUUUGCAGUUGAUAGCUACAUUAUCCUUUUUAAUAAGUCACAUACCAGGAGGCACAACUAGUCUCAUGUUUUUUACAAGAAUGUUUCGAUCAUCUGUAAAGUCAAGUUUACCUGUGUAAUAAGAUUAUUAUGCUUAGGCUAUAUUUUAAUGUUUUCUAAUAAAAGCAGCAAUAUCUCAUUUCUUACAAAAUUUUUUAAAGCAUCGCAUGAGAUUCAUAGUAAAGAGAAAUUAGGAUAUUAAAUAAAUUAUUAUUCAAGAUUUAUCAAAUUAUCAUUAUUAAAAUUAAUACACAGAAGACUGAUUUUUAAAUCCGCAUAAUAUACCCAACAAUACAUAAAACAAAAUGUAUUAUAUGCUAAUCUGAUAUCGAGUGCAAUUUUGUAAACAUAUAAUAACUAUUUUUGAUAGUGUUUCUUAUUGCCAGAAAUUUCAACAGUUGUAUAAUGCUUAUAUUAGUAAAUACAAUUCUAUUUAUUAGUAUAAA